UUGCAGGGAACUACCAUGGUUUUAGUGAAGAGACUAUUACUAGCUUCUUAACAUCUGAAGAAGGUUAGUGUAACAUAGCUACUGCCUACCCAUAGUGUUAUAGUGAAAAAUGCACUGGAAAGCUUUUUGAAAAUCCAUAGAAGGUCAUAGAAUGGAAAUUGUAUGGACCUUUAUUGGAAAUAAAAUGGAUUUUGGUUAUCCAUAAUAAUUGUAUAUUUCCAUAGUAUGGAUAUAGUAUGGAAAUUGGAUGGUUAUACUAUGGAUUUAGUGGUGCAAUUGCAAAUUUCGUAGUAUGGAUUUCACUUUUUUCCAGUGUAUAUGGCUUUUCUUAAAGUGAUGUUUCCACGUUUGUUGUAAAUAUUCCCAUGCAAUUACGUUUCUAAAGUUGGAAUAUUUGGCGUGGAUCUUGCAAAGCUGAUUUGGACUAAGCUCACUGAACUGAACUAGUAAUCGAAGUACUGAACAUACAGUAAAUUUGUAAUUUGUAGUGUUUUGUAUAGGUAAUAGCAUGGUUUCGAGUGCAAUUUGGAUAUAACGUGCACGAGUGAGUUUUUCAAAGACCUCAAAAUAGCACGAGUCCGAAGGACGAGUGCUACUUGACAUCUUUGAAAAACUCACGAGUGCAUGUUUAUCCAAAUUUCACGAUAAACUAUGCUAUUACUUAUUAAUAAUUUACAUAAAAGUGUUCGAGACAAUUGUAGUUUUAACUUGCGUGUUUAUAGCGAACAUUCCACUGGCAAAGUUUUCCUGGCUUUGUUAUAUCACAUUAUACAACGCUAACAGCUUGAAAAUUUCACUUAAAGGGGCAGUAUCAUCAAAAUUUUUAUUCUCUUAAACCAAAGCUUAAACGAAAGUGCUCGUAAAACUGUAUAAUAACUUGUUUUGAAGAUUUUGGUUUCCAUGCUUAGUUUGUAACCAUGUGACGUCAUCAACUCAAUUACAUAUAUAAUGAGAUAUCAGUAAUUGUUGUGUAUCUUUGCUAUUUUUAUCAAAAUAUUUCGAAAGAUGCCGCGCGUUUGUUAAUUUAACCUGCAUCAUUAUAAGCAUACUGUGUUUUUUAACAAAUCGAUCAAAAAUAGCAAAGAUACACAACAAUUACUGAUAUCUCAUUAUAUAUGUAAUUGAGUAGAUGACGUCACAUGGUUACAAACAAAAGAAAUAUCUCAAGCAUGGAAACCAAAAUCUUCAAAACAAGUUAUUGUACAGUUUUACGAGCACUUUCGUUUAAGCUUUGGUUCAAGAGAAUAAAAAUUUUGAUGAUACUGCCCCUUUAAGAUAAAAUAAUGCUUUUCCAUUUAAAAAUAAAAUAAAAGCCAUAUUUUCCACGCGAUGACGACUUUUACUUUGUGUAGGGGCGCCAUGUUUGAUUUGUUUUGAAGUAAUCUGUGACCGUUACUUCUUUAAAACUAAAUUGCUUUAAACUGAUUGGUUGAUUUAAUCAUUACAAUGUUUUUCAUGCACCAUUUUCAUGUGCAUUUUCGCACUGUGAUUACAGAAAAUUGCACUGUGAUUACAAAAAAUUGCACUGUGAUCACAGAAAAUUGCACUAUGAUUACAGAAAAUUGCAAAAUCCACUAGGCAUUGUUAUUACUAAAUAGUUUCGUACCACAAGAUGUGGCACUCUAUUUAGGUCAAUUUAUCUGAAGAGUGCCACAUCUUGUGGUACAAAACUAUAUUUAGUAAUAAAGAUGCCUAGAGGAUUUUGUUGAUUGCAUGUUGUACUUAAUUUAAGUAUGCUCUGGUUUUCCAUUGAGCACUUUACCAAAAGUGCACUGGAAACGUUGCCUGCAGCAAAAAAUGCAGAAAUUAAACAUAAGUAGAAACCUAAGUGCUUACUUAGGUUUCUAAGGAUUAUCUAAAACGAGAAGAUAUUUCGUAAAUGUUUUAGAUACAACCUAGCCAAUGUUUACCGUCUUUUCUCUAGCUACUCCGCUUUAAUAUGAUAGGCGUAAUAACCCACCCCCUCGCAUUCACGACAAAACAUUUUGAAACUCUGUUUCGAGUGCUUUUAUCAGUAAGAGUAAAUGUAUAAAAUAGUCGAAACGUCAUUCCUCACACACUCGAUCAAAAUCUACUUUUAAUAUUUAAACGAAACCUUUCAUUUUAUACACACUUUAGCUCCAAGUGGUCCUCCUUUAAACAUCAAAACCACAUCAAGAAGUGCAUCAUCAUUGUCAUUUAUUUGGGAUCCUCCUGAGAAAACUAAACAAAAUGGCGUCAUUAUCAGCUACACAGCGUGUGUUUCACACUCGAUAAUUGGCCAAUGCUUCCAGACAUUUAUUACCAGAAAAAAAGAGUGGCUUGUUGGAAAUUGCAAUGCAUCAACAAAAUAUUAUGUUCGUGUUCUUGCAAACACUAAAGUUGGCCAUGGAAACUUCAGUGAAAGUAAAGGGUUUUUUACGAACGGAAGUGAGUUACAUGAUAUAUUUAUCAAUAUUAUGUUUGCGAUGCUGAUGAAAAUCAGUUCUGUUCAGAAUUUCUCAUUUGGUAUUUAACUCAAUAUUUUAUGCCCUGUGAUUCGUUUAAUACCGCUCACUGUUUUAGUUGCGGUUAUAUAAUGACAAGUGUAUAGCUUGGUAAUGGAUAGUCGAUACUUAUCAUUUAUAGACCCGGAGCGAGGGGGAUUCGGCGUAAUAUUUUCCGAAGUGAUGAUAUUUUCCGAGGGGCUUUGCCCCGAGGAAAAUAUCAUCACUGAGGGAAAUAUCGCCGAAUCCCCCGAGCGGAGGGUCUAUAAAUGAUAUAUUAUACCGAAAGUUAAAGAACUCACUAAGAGUCUAUCAAGUUCAGAAUAAACUUUAAAACUUGCUGAAUAUUAAUAACUACGCGAAUACAAUUUUUAAUUUCUUAUCUAUACCUGAGUUUUUGACGUUUUCUCCUUAAAAUAUUUGAGCAAGUAUCCUUUGGAUCGUUGAAAGUAACAUACGUGUUGAAAUAUUUGGUUUACUUAAUAUUAAAAUCUUCUGUAGUUCUGUACGAGCUCGCGAACGCCAUAUUGUUUCAGAAUUCAGAGCGUGGUGUCCACGCGUCGCGCGUGAGCGUGGGAUACUAUAAUAUCCCACGGUGGAUCUGCCGUGGGAUAUUAUAGUAUCCCACGCUGGAUUGCGAAAUCAUGAAUUUGAGUGAAAUACCGUAAAAAAUCACACUACCACGUGGUACAAAUGCUGUUUUUUCAUUGGACAAUUUGAAUUUGAGGUAUAAUAUUAUUUAAUAAUUCAUGAAGAAUAUCCAAAAGGAAAGAAUGUUUAAUUAAUCAGUAUCUGUAAAUUGGUUAAUAAUAUUUGUUGGUUAAGAGCUGUGUCUUGAUUGUACAUUAACGCCAAAUCUUAGCAAAUUAGCAAAAUGUAACAAACAUUUUCCAAAUUUUCCAUAAACAUCUUACGGAAAGCUUAGCCCACAAAACGGAAAGGAAAUUUCAGCCUUGCGCCAAACUCCUGCUUUGGCUAAAAUGACUUGGUCACGACAGCUGCAAUCAAAUCAGUCCAUGCAUUAAUUAGUCAAUUUGCAAAAUUAGCCUACUGCAUGGGUAUUUACACGCAUAGUCCGCUCGACUGACUUCAUUCUUUGAUUUCUUUUGAACUUUAUCCCGUUUUACAGUUACGUAAUGUGUGACGUUUCUGCCGGCUUUCAAAAGGGUACCCGGACAUUUUGCCGAAAGACACUUUGCCGAAAGACAUUUUGCCGAAAGACAUUUUGCCGAACGGACAUUUUGCCGACGGACGUUUUGCCGAACGGACGUUUUGCCGAACGGACGUUUUGCCGAACGGACGUUUUGCCGAACGGACAUUUUGCCGAACUGAGGACAACUUGCCGAAAAUAGAGAUGUUCUUUCGUCAAAAUGUUUGGGACUGUGCCUCAUUUCUCAACUUUGAAAUUCUCAACCAUUGGCAUUGUGUAAAGUAAACAUUAUAUGGUAUUAGCAAUGCAUAAUGGGUCAUUAGCAGUGCAUAAUUUGUCGUUAGCAGUGCAUAAUCAUAUUGCGUAAGCAAAUUGAAAGAAUAUAAACCAAAACUAUACUUCGCUAUCUAAGUUUCUGUCAUCAAAAUCGACAAUGAAUUUAAUCACAGAAACCAAAACCUUGUAAGUGAACCUUUAAAGUUCAGUCGUCCGUCCGUUCGUCAAACUGUCCUUUCGGCAAAAUGUCCGUUCGGCAAAACGUCCGUUCGGCAGAACGUCCGUCGGCAAAAUGUCCGUUCGGCAAAAUGUCUUUCGGCAAAAUAUCUCUCGGCAAAAUGUCUUUCGGCAAAGUGUCUUUCGGCAAAAUGUCCGGCCACCUUCAAAAGAGUGAAAUCGAGGAAAUGCGUGUGUGAUGCGAAAACGGUGACGUUGUGUAUGGACAGUGAUAUUAUUCCACGUUUCGACUACAUUUUAGUCAUGAUUAAGAAUAAUAAAAUUACUACGUAUUAUAGGUAUGGAAGGACUAUAUAAGGCCGUUAGCACCUGUUGAAAAGCAAAUAAGAUAAUAUAUAUACAUGCUAUACGUAAUAGGCUUGGACAUUUGCUGUAGGGUUGGUUAAUUCCACUACAUUUUUUUUAUAUAAUCAAAUUAUUCACAUGAUGAAAUAUUUAUAAAUUUCAGAACUGUCGCUUGUUGAGUAUUCGUUUACCCUAUAUUGUAAGCGGUUCCCACAAUUUCUCGUACAUAUAAUGCAAUGUUUCAGUAAUACUGCGUGCAAAUGGUUUAACAAAUUGCAUGUGAACCUGAGACAACUGAAAUUAUUGAUUGUUUUUAACCAAUUUUGUUUUACAGUGCCGGAACAUUGUGACAACGCGAAAACAAAACUACAUCAUCGCUCACUUUUGAAAAACGUAAAAUACACACAGCCCUAGAUUUAAUAAUGAGUUCUACAUUUUAAUACAUCCAUAUCUUUUUACAGGAGCAAUAGAGAAGGCCAGAGCUAAAACAUCGAGUACACUUACAUUUUUACUAGAAAUUCCGUCAGCAGCGUUUCUGUAAGUAUAUUUGACUUUCUGAUAUACCCUCGCAGAUAACAAGCGGGGGGGGGGGGGGGUAUUUCCUACCAAUCACAACAUUCGUAUUCAUUUUCUCUCUGGACCAAUCAGAUUGCGUGAAUUCUAGAUCACUGACAUAUACUUGUUCUGUUUCUCCAAAAAGAAUACCUUGUCAUGCAAAUAUUACAUUACUAGCUUAGGCUGCCUCAUUUUGAAGCAAAGUACAAUUAAACUUAGUAUAUCAAGCAAGCAAUUUAAGGCAAUGCAGUUUUGGUGCCAGUUUCAUAUAGCACCCAUAGAUAAUUAACGGUAAUUAUGUUACAAUUGUAUGGUUUGUAACUCGGCAGCAAAGUAACGAAGUAACUUUGUUGGUCAUGAAAUCAUGCACCCAUAAUUUAUCAAAUUCUCGUUAUAUACAUUUCUUAAACAUCUGGUAUCUAAUUGGAAUUUAUUAUCACGGAGAGAAUUCCAAACUAUUGAAAUAUCAUCCAAUUCUUGACUAUCUUGUUACCUUGUGUGGAGAUAAAGAAUAUUAUUCAACAGUCAUAUUUUGUUAUGGAAAAAUACGUGUUAUUAAGUGAGUAUAUUUCGGGAACUUCGUAUUAGAAGUACUAUAGAAGUGUUCAUUGGUUUCGCCCAUAUAGGCUAGAUUUACUUAUAAACAAAGUAAAGCUAUAGUGGUCGACUAGAAACCUAUAUAUAAAAUAAUUUUGAAUUAAGACCCCUAGUGUAAUUUCCCAACUAAAAUAUCAAGGUUGGCAUUUCUUUUCUUCUAUAACAUUUUAACUUAGUCUAUAUAUUAAAUACCCAUGCCGCAAUUUAGGCUAAGUAAUUAUUUGGAAGCUUAGUGCAAGAUUUGUCCGUUUUGGAAGCCACAUGUCAAUGCAAUCAAUUUCAUGCAAAAUUAAAUGGUAUUCCAAAAGUCUCAGUGGCAGAUUUAAAAAAAUAUUUUUCCCUUUUGAAAUACACAACAUUUCCAGCAGCAAUUAAUACGAAUUCAUUCAAUCUGAUUCGUCCAUGGCUCAUUAUAGAUGAAAAUGUAAACAAAUGUAUAUAAUGAUUGGUUAGUGGAAAACAAUUUCCCUAUUCUCCCGUAGAUAAAUAUUUUGUAUGUUUCGUUAUUAAGAAGGCAAUUGCAAAUGUUUAUUUAUAUAGAUAUUUGUACGUGGUGGCUUUGAAAUUAGAAGAUAGCAUAGAGCCUCCGGCUUCAUCUGACAGUUACGAGAACAAUUAUUUGGUGACAUACGCUGAGGCAAAAAAUUUGACAAAGACGAAACCUUAUAUUGCUGCAGUAGUUACAUCCAGUGAUGUUGAUAGAAGCAUUUUUAUACUUGGUGAUGGCAGUAAUACAAAUGAACGAACUUCAAGACUUGGAUCAACUGCGAGGGAUUAUUUUAAUGGUCCGUUGGAGCCUGCCACCAAUUAUAUUAUUUUGGGAUAA